AUGAAGUGGUUUGCUAACGAAAAGAAAACUUUACAUUUGUUCUUAUUGCCUUUCAUUUAUGUACAUUUGAAUAUGCAUUUUAUUAACGACAGUUCGGAUGAUUUGCUUUUAGGAAACAUUCCAGACUUAAAUGAGGACACGAAAAAGAAAAUGGGCAUUCCUAAAAGGAUUCAAAUAAAAAAAAGUUUUAGAUUAUUAAAGAGGGAAAAGAAAUUGCUAGAUAAUUUAGACUCAGAAAAAAAGGAAAAGGUGGAGCAUUUAUUGAGAGUACGCAAAGCAGUGUUGAAAUCCAAAGGGGAAAAAGUUUAUGAUGAAAAAAGUCUUAAAAAAAGAAGGAAAAACCUUUCAAUGAAAAAGGAAAAAUCACGCAAGAGAUGGGAAAAUAAAAAAAAAAAAAAAAAUUAA